AUGACCGGCAUACAUCUGCUGUUCCGGUUGCUACUGGUGGCAGGCGUCACGGUGUCUUUAACGUCUCCGACAACGGCCAAGAUCAAUCACCGGACUCAUCGGCACGCUAUAAUCCAACCGCCUGCGGACAAAUUGAAACCGUUCGCCUCGAUCGUCUACUCGGCCGUGGUCAAAGGCAAAGUGGCCCUGCCCUGCAACAUCGAACCCCCAGCUGCCGGAGAUGAAGUCGUUCUGGUGCUCUGGUACAAGGACGAUAGCCCCGCGCCUAUUUUCACCUUGGAUGCGCGACGAGGAGAUCUCGACCGAUCUCGUCACGUGGACCGUACAACACAGAGCGAGCUCGGUAGCAGGGCCUAUUUCAACAUGGCCAACAAGCCAGCUUUCCUCCAAGUGGAUCCUGUGCAGGAAGGCGACGCUGGCGAAUACAGAUGCAGAGUCGACUUCAAACGGAGCCGUUCAAUAAACACGGUCAUUAGCCUCCGUGUGGUUGUGCCGUCUGGGGAACCGGUGAUCCUGGACGAGAGUGGGAAGCGACUCCAGGGAGCAAUCGGACCCUUCAAUGAAGGAGAUUCCCUUAAACUCACCUGCCAAGCGGAGCACGGGAAGCCGCGACCGGCCGUAACGUGGUGGAAAGAUUUCCGCAUGAUCGACGGCUCGUACGCCUUCAGCCAAGAAGAAGGCGUCGUUAAGAACGUAUUGGAUAUCCCGGCUCUGACACGUAGCGACGCCGACACCGCUGUUGUUUGCAAAGCCACAAACAACAAUGUAACCGUAGCAGCUUCGACUAGCAUCACCAUCGAUCUGAACCUGAAGCCGCAAGAUGUCACCAUUCAGCCAGCCGAACGGCCGGUGUCCGCCAACAGGCCGAUUGAACUCACAUGCACUUCGAGCGGCUCGAGGCCUCCAGCCACACUGUCCUGGUGGCGUGGAAACCAGCAAGUCAGUAAAAACGUCGUGGAGAAGAGCAGCGGUAAAGCCGACGCUCAAAGCGUUCUCACUAUCACGCCAACCGUCGAUGACCAUGGCCGAAUCAUUUCGUGCCGCGCCGAGAACAAGAUCAUCCCUGGGAGUGCCUUAGAACAGGCGUGGAAGCUCGACGUUCACUAUCCACCUCGAGCAACACUUUCGCUGGCAGCCAGCCAUAAAGAGGGAGAAAUCAUCGAAGGGAAGGAGGUGAUCCUCGAUUGCAAAGUGGUAUCGAAUCCGUCGAGUUCGCAUAUCGGCUGGCUGUUCCAAGGUCGAGAGGUGGUCGCGAACGAGACCGCGGGUGUCAUCAUAUCAGGCCAGUCUCUGGUCAUUCAGCGCGUCGCGGUUCAAGACAGAGGAGUUUAUAGCUGUUUUGCUAAGAAUAAAGAGGGCAAGGGCGUCUCCAAUGAAUAUAUGCUCAACAUUAAGUUUGCGCCGGUGUGCACAGCAAAACAGCGUUUCACGUACGGCGUCACGGGUCAGGACUCGGUGGCGGUCAAUUGCUUCGUAGAAUCAGAGCCACUGGACGGAGUAACUUUUCGUUGGGCGCAGAAUAGCACUUCAGGCGCUGUGAAAGAAAUUUCCGACGGCUUUAGCACAAGCGGAGGUCGGAGCACCCUGUUGUACAAAGCUCUCCUGGAUGAGGAUUUCGGUUCUCUGCUCUGCUGGGCGCAGAACUCCGUCGGGGUGCAGCGUGAGCCAUGCGUUUUUUCGCUGAUUACCGCAGGGCCACCCGACGCCGUGCACAACUGCAGCCAGAUAAAUGCCACGGAAGAUGGCAUGACGAUCGAAUGCGCACCCGGAAAGUGGGACGGCGGUCUCAGUAACCCCGUGUUCAUUGCCGAAGUCUACGAAGCCGAAAGCAAUAGUAAAACGCCGGUGGUGAACAUCUCCACGCUAGGUGUUCCUGUGUUCGUCAUCCGGCAGGUGGCCGAUGGCCAAAGCUUUCGAGUGGUGAUCUACGCCAAUAAUGCGAAAGGACCUAGCCCACCCUUUGUCCUCAUGGCUCAAACACCCCGUCCAGCUGAGAGAUAUACCGCCGAUGUUUCAGCGAUGAUGGCGUUUCGACCGAUGGUCGGCGUUGCGAUCGGAGUCGUCAUCACGCUAUUCAUCGCGGCUGGCAUACUCGUCGGCGUGUACAGGUGCCGCGUCAACCCCAAGCGAGACAAGCAGAACCACGCGUCGGCGUACGGUGAAAAGGACAUCUCGCUCGGGUCUCCAGAGAAACCGUUGACGUUGGUCAAUGGCGGCCCAGCAAGCUCAACGGACGACGAUCUGGAGAAGACCAGCCCAGAUGUGAUUCCGAUGCCUUCAAUGCCAUUAGGUUCGGUAGGGGCCACGAGGCCCCUACAAGAUUUCGUUGACCUAGAAAGCAAUUCGGAGCCCGUGGACCUGUCUUAUCAGCAUUUAACGGUGCUUGACGGACUCCCGGAAGGCAUUGUUGACCCUCUAUGUCGUUCCACGCCUCCGAGUAGGCAUUCGGCAAAACCUUCACGAUUUCAGGCGCUGGAUAUGAUCGUGGGUCCUUCGGUCGUGCCGCUGAACGGAGAUUCGAGCUACAAGGAGCUAGUCCUCGCGACGAAUGUCAUGCUGACGCCAGCCGAUAGAGCAGCGCUGGGACGUUCAUCUACAGGCAGUAUACAGCGGAAAAGCAAUGGAGGUGUACCGACGGAAUACGCUCGGAUCGAUUUCCAUCGUACGUUGCGACCUGUUCCUGGGGGGCACCUCCUGGCAGCCGAGGACCAUUCCGCCUACCCAAUCGUAGGCGACAUAGAACCGAGUAUGGCUCUCGAAUCGACGACAGGCAUCGAGUCAUCUGUUUAGAGGAGAGUCUCUCUGGUUUUAGUGGGAGACUUUCGCCGAACUGUGACUAGGGGAUCCAUGCGGCCUGCGACAACAUCUGUGAAUUGAUGAGGGAUGCCACUGGGCGAACGACAUAUGUACGAAGGACAACAACUGAGAGAUUAUUAAGAUUUAUACGGAAAAUGAUACUAGACGAGGGAACAUGUCGCUGCCGACAGACUCGCUCCGGGUCUGAUGAUGACCCACAGGAGCUCUGUGAAUUCCUCGAUUCCGCCUCAACCCAAUGUAAAUGUUUCUUACAUCUGUUACUAUGUAUUUGUCUCUAGCGUGGGAGGAGGAUGAGGCUUUGAUUCGAUUCCCGGACGGCGUAGGCGACCGAAACGACGAGCGAGGUGACAUCGUCGGCCGGUCGUGGCGGGCUCGAGUCGAAGAGAGUUCUCCCUCCAAUUGUAAAAUAUAUCUUUGUACAAAACAUUCCAACAACUCAUAGUUUCUGUCCCGAGCAAGCGAAUGAUCACAACGUUGUCUGAACUCUGGCGGUAAAGACGAAGACGAGAGGUCGAUAACGAGGCCGAUGUUGACGGGAACGACGGAACGGCGAACAGACAGCUUGUAAAUACAACUAACUGCUGAAUCGAAUUACCUACGUUGUGGACUUUCCAUUCAGCAGAAACUGGAACUGAGAGAUUCCUCGCGGAUAAUUAAUUUUUGAAACUGUUCUUCCGGAUCUGAGAAAAAUAUAUCCCCGUCAAGCAUCAAAAUAAACGUUU